AUGGAGAAGGAGCUAGUGCGCGCGCUGCAGCCUCUGGCUCUGGGAUCCGUACCGGCGAGCGCCAUCUCAUCGCUUUUUGACACGGGAGGUACAGCAGCAGUGCGAGAAGAAUGGGCUGAUGGGGUCACUUGCCGCCAGCUGCGCGCUUUGGACAAAGUGCUCGCCAAGUUUCUGCGGCGUCAGGCGGCGGACGAGCAGGUGGCGCAUCUCUGGAGCUUUUUCGCGUCACAGGAGGCCAUCGACGCUGUGGCUCCACCUCAGGAUGGCAACGAGAACAGCGAAGCCGUCUACCGCUCGCUCUUCGCGCUGCUACAAGCCGUAGUGAAUAUACGCGACGUAUACGCCAAUUUGAGCGACGCGGAGAAGCGUAGCGCGCUACUAAAGGCUCUGGUGGCUGCUAAAGUGUAUUUGGCGUGGCUGCAGCUACCUGGAGGCUCAGCCUACGGUCUCUUCAUGUCGUAUGUGUAUCGUCAGGUGCUGGACACGCUUAAAAAGUGGCAGCAGAGCAGCGACGAGGACAGUGACGAGGACAGCCACGAGAUGUUCCAGAUGCUCACGGCCUACGGACUCGAAUUGAUGGACAUGCUGGUGCUGUUUCUAGACGGAUUUUCGCUCUCUGCGAGUAAAGAAUCCAUUGUACCUACCAUUGAGACUGCAAUAGCUUUGCAGACAGCCCUUCCGCCUGAUAAUGAAGGCACAGCGUCAGCAAUGACGACCAAAACGCUCCAGAUAUUAGAGGCGCUGGUGAGUGGGACACACGGGGAGCCACUGCAAAUGGGACGCGUGAUCCUACACUGUUAUAUCCCCGGUGUGACGCUCCAGGAGACCGUGGCGAAGGAAAACCGGUCGUCCUUGCGCUUCCACAAGCUCUCCAUUGACGUUAUCACUAGGAUUCAGCACAUUGCAGCGAAAGCAUGUGAACAGGACGACGCGGAAGGGACUGCACGCCAGGAGAACUCGUUGAUGCUGCUAGGUUUGAUCCAGAAUAUUUGUCUGCAGGCUCCAGGUCUUGCAGACGAACGACAACGUGUACUGUCUUUCGUGUUCUCGACUGCGAUGGCUGGGCGACGAGAAAUUGAGCAGGAAGAGACUGUGAGGCCGAGCGAGUUCCGAGAUGAAGAGUGCGUGAGGCUGGCGCGCUUCCUGACGAGUUAUUCUCGCAACGCCAAGCUCAAGUACCGUCAGUUCGCCGUGGAGCUGAUUAGCCGCUUCGUGGUGGAAACCAGGUUCUGGAAGGUGAGAGCGAGCGAGCUGUCCGAAGAGCUUGUCCCGUACGCUGGUGUCGGUCCUCUUCUCGAAGUUCUCAUUGAUCGCGCUCGUGACAAAAUGUCUCAAGUUCGUACAAAGGCAGUUGCUGGAAUCUCGGCCAUGUUGACGCUCGGGUUAUCGAAUCUGGCUAAUAGCGGAGAUGGAGAUCAAGACGACCAGAUGAACGGGUCGGAGGCGAUUGCGAGCUCGUUGCAGAGUCUUCUGUACGCGUCAGUGAUCGAUGACGACGGCAAUAAAACCCUCGAGGAAACGCCACUGAUGCAGCGUCUCGUUGACUUGUUCCGUGAGCGAUUGGUGGACGAGAAGACGUUCGUACGAAGAGCUGCAGUGCACGCUCUCGAAGCGCUUCUGACGGCCCACGCAGGCGACACUGUUCACGCGUCGUCCAAGAAAGAUCUCUUUGACGUCCACUCGCGCUGUACAGACUCGUCGGUGGUUGUCCGUGUGCAGUCUAUCAAGUCGUUGUCAGCGAUUCUACUCAAGUUCCCACGCGAUGAAGAAGCGCAGAAGCUGUGGAACCUUGGUGUUCUCCCGCUGUGUGUUGACCCGGAGACGAGUGUGCAAUCCUGUGCGUUGGAAGCGGCAGGAAGAGUUGUGUUUGACCGAGUCCUAACGUGGUUCGACUCACGUCGUAACAAGGCGCUACGUGAAGCUCUCGACUGCGUUUGGAUGCAAGUGUCGCAUCUUGAUGGGGUCAUGGCUCGCUGUUUGCAAAGGGCACUGCGAAUGCUCAUCAAGAGCGACAAGAUGGACGUCGAGAAGAUCAUCAAAACGUGCGUCUUUGCUAUCAAAGAAAGCGUCAGUCCGUACAGCUCUGGCCAUGAAGAAGUGCAGGAAGAAACGGAAGAUGACGCUACUCGUCGACUAUUGACACGCUACUGGGGCUUCAGCUGGAUCGUCUUGGAGGAGUUGGCUCACUCCGGUAAUCUGGUCGAGCCUGCUCGAGGUAAACAGCAGAAUCUCAGCAUCGUGGUCGAGUGCUGGAACAAGCUGCAGGAUCAGGCGUUACCGGUGGAAUUCAACGAUGGAUCGAAGCGUAUUCUGCGUGUCAUUGCCGCUAUUUCGACGGUAAUUGACGCGCAGGAUGCCAAGUCGAUCGCUGACGGCAUUUUGGCGUCGCUGCAUUCGUUUGCCAUCCCUCUGAACGUCAUCGCCGAUGGAAUUCUCGCCCUGAACAGCAUUUGCAAAGCCAAAGCGCCUUCUCAGGAAAAGAGCCGCGAUAUCAGCUUUGCGUGGGGGAAUAAACUCCUCGAGCUGUGCGAGACGAACCUUCGCAAGUGCUUUGAAAGCAGUCCAGACAGUGUGGAAGAUGAGACGACACUGUUGCAGAAGCAGCUGAUCUCUAUCGGUGAAGUGGCUCUGCUGGAGUUCGACAAGGACGCCGACAAGAGCGGGAAAGCAGCUCUUCUACCUGUUAGUUCGAGUCUCAAGUCGCUGGUCCAGCUCUUCUUGCCGCCCAAGUUCGCUUUUGCUAUCUCCGAGCCUGUCCCCUUACCGACUCCAGUUCGUGUGUGCGCCUUCGUGACUCUAGGCAAGUUGUGCUUACGUGAUGGAGACCUGGCCAAGCAGUGCAUGACGAUGUUUAUUCGCGAGCUCCGGACUUGCGAGGAACAGGACAUCCGCUCCAAUAUCCUCUUGAUCUUGGGCGAUCUCUGUAUUCGCUACACGUCGCUCGUGGACGCGUAUGUUCCGACUAUUGCGCUGUCGCUACUGGACGAGAGUCGCUUGUUACGUCGCAACACGCUGCUAUUAUUCUCCCAGUUGAUCCUGCAGGACUACAUCAAGUGGCGCGAGUCUCUGCUGCGUUUCUUCCUUCGAGCAGCAGUCGAUGAAGACGAGGAACUGGCCAACCUGGCGCGUCACGUGCUCUGUGGACCGUUAUUGCAGAAAUCGCCCCACAUCUUCACGAACAAAUUCAUCGAGAUGAUCUUCGUCUUCAAUGGCAUUCAGGGCGACAAGAUCAAGCUCUCGGAGCCGUACGAACAGGAAGGCACGCGCGAACUGGCGUUGCUGGGCAAUGCGCUGUACCCUCGACGAGCGAAGCUGUAUAACUUUUUAUUGGAGCACAUGUCGGACGAGCAGAAGCUGCAAGUGUCUAUGAAGCUCUGCAGCGAAGUCUUGGAAGAAGUCAUGGACGGUACUCUUGCGUUGUGCGAGAAUCCGUCGCAGAUCACGGAUAGCUGUACGGAGGCAGUUCUAAAGGACACGUUCGCUGUUCUGUGCUCUCCAGAGAUCAAACUCGCAUCUUCGAAGGAGGGAGAGGACGAGGACGACGGAGACGACGCAGCUACGGGGGAGAACGCGAACGUGGCGUCGCAGAUUGCAGCAGCGAAGGGCAAAUUGCUGUCCAAGAUGUCCAAGAAGAACUUCCUGGAUAACGUCGUGCCUGUGCUCAUCGGUCUCAAGCACACACUCGAAGCUAAGCACAGUCCCUUGACGCGCUACCUGCUUCACUACAUCCGCGAGUUGUUCAAGAUGUAUCGUCAAGAAGUAAAGGACAUUUUCAUGAAUACAGACCCUCAAAUGGCCAUGGAGGUGGAGUACGAUCUACGGCAACUCGACUUACAGCAACAGCAGCAGAAACAGCAGUCUCGUCGCAUGACGCACGCUCCAGAAGACGUCCAGGAAGCACCCACGUCUCCGCAGACAGCCAGCAAGAGUCCUCGGGCCCCUCAGACACCACAAGAAGAAUUGCUAGAGGCGAGUCACACACCCGUGCGCUUACGCGAUCACGAGAAGGUGUCGAGCGAGGAAGCGCGUCGACAGACGUCGGAGCCUUCAACGUUGAUCUUUUCUCCCAGUCAGGGCCAUCCUACCAACGAGAACUGGCACGUGACUGCUAAAUCUCCUUCUGUGGAUAAGCCUCCAAGUCGCAGUCAGAAGGGAUUCACACAGGAAGAUCUGGAGGGCCGCAUGAAGAAAGACCUCGCUGCUGCCUUCGACUCUGCCAGCAACUCGGACGAAGACGUGCCUCCGACAGUCAACACGUCUAGACGGAGGACAAAGGCGAAGGCAAAAGCUAAAGAGAAAGCCAAGAAAAAUUCUAAAGUUAUUGAAGAAGAGCAACAAGAAGAUGAGGACGAAGAAGAAGAAGUCGUGCCACUUCCUCUUAAGAAGAAAGCUAAGAAGAAGACCAAGCCAGUUAAAAAAGUCCAAGCGUCUACAAACUCUCGACCCAAGCGUAAACGCAACUAG